AUGGCUGCUGUCAUCCGUCAGCCUUUCGCACCCCUCGAUGGGGCUCGAUUGCAGAGCUUGACCAGCAUCAAGAACGUACAAAGCUCCAUCCCCGUCUCAUCGCCUGGCAAGCGAAAGGCGACUGAUGUCCUCGAUGUCAAUGACUUUGAGAACCUCGAUCCAGCCUUCCUCCUCUCCAAGCGCGCCAAAUCCAGCGCCGACGGCCUGAGCAAGGACUACUUCAAACCUUCUUCUUUCUAUCUCACCAAGUCGUCUUCCGCCCCGACUGUCACCACCACCACCACCACCACCAGCAGCAGCAGCAGCAAGGAUGGCCUCUCCUACGGCAACUUCAAGGCGGCUGCUUCACCUCGUGCGCGGCCCAUCCUGAAUCCCAAGUCGCCCGCCAAGAAGCUUCACAGCAGUCUGUCCAAGACCGUCACCUCUCCCUCCAUGUCUGCGCCCGCCGGCCGCUCACCCACCCGAGGCACCAAGCGCGUUGGUAUCCUCAACCGCCACCGAGCUGGCCGAAUCGAUCCGCCCUCUUUCAACCUCUUCUCUUCUACCACCUUGUCUCUCGCCGCCGCCGUCAAGGGCACCCUGCCCAGCUAUGCCUCUCGCCAACCCUCGUCGUCAUCCUCCAAGGCAAGCAUCGCGUCCGAGUCCGACAGUGUCUACGGCUCCAGCAUGAAGUCUUCUUGGUUCUUCGACAUCCACGAGGACACGCCAGAGCAGGUGGCCACCAACUUGCUGCAGCACAGCACGUGCAUGUUGGACAUCAGCAGUGACGAGGAGUGCGAGCAGAAGAUGCAGCGUGAGAAGGCAGAGGGACGUGGCAAGGAGAACAUCCCACCUGCGGACGAUGUCUCGCAGACCUCGAUCCGAAGAGCCGCUGCCACUACCAUCAGCGAGGGCGGUAUGGAGUACGAGAAGCCCCGCAUCGCGCUGGGUGAUCUGAACGUGGAGGACUUCUAUGCCGACGGAGUCGACCCCUCCGAGGUGAUCAUUGUGCCUGGCGAUGAAGAUGAUGGCACUCUUGUCGAUGGCGAGCAGCCUCAGGAGCCAGCUGGAGAACUCAGCGACCUUCCUGCCUCUGACUGCGCGCCUGACGUCACCGUCAAGGUUCACACGGAGGCGGAGGAGUCUUCGGAACCUACCACCCCUGGCAAGGCGGCAGCCCUCCCACCUUUGGAUGGUGCUGGCGAGAACUUCGAUCUGUGGGAGAGCUCCAGUGCCAAGGAGGAGGGAGAUGUUUCCCGUCUCAAAGAUUAAUGACUUCCUCUCUUACAUGAUGGAGAAUAAACUCGUGUUUCGAU